AUGACUCCAGCUGCUUCUCGCUUGAGGCGCGCAUUGAGGGAGGCACGUCGUCUCUUGGAGGAGGUGAAACUGAGUGAAGACACGGCCGUAGGCCAAUGUAACCAAAGACAGGUUACAGAACUCCUGAAAUAUAUUAAGCGCAUAGGAUUCUUGCUUUCGUUGGUGAAGCAAGAGAUGCAAGCCAACGCGGACAACUCCGACAAACGCGAGACGGCUACAACUGAAGUAUCCCUGAGCGGCGAUGAUGUUGGGAAUGCACCUACUGUUGUCGAUGCCGCUGAAGCCUUUCUCUCUCAAUUUCUAGACAGUUACUUCCCUCAUUUGCAUGUUCCGGUCGCUUGCGUUGGACUAGUGGCCAGGCAUCGGGCUCCCAAACAGCCUUUCGCGGUGUGCGAACCCUUUUUGAUACACGAAGACAGCAACGCCCCAUGCGUUAGAGCAUCCAUACAGCUGGAGCCCUCACCAACUGUUAAGAGUUCAACUACACCUGCAAAAAUGGGUCAAUCAGGUGGUGGCGAUAUUGCUAUUACUAAUAUGGCAGCAAGGUCAACAAAUGCUUCGAGUCUCAUCUCAUCAUCUGCCUUCUCCAGCGCGCCACAGGAUGCGGAUGAUGCAGCUCAGAAGCAGGUAAUAAAUGAAAUUAAUGAUGCUAUUAGGGAAAUUAAAGAGGGGGCGCUACGAGUAAGUGACAUCAUGAAUCAGGAGAAGGGACGUUUGGAGGAAAAUGCGGCUUUACUACAGCGCGGUGUUGAUGGUACAACAAGCCAGUGUAAGAAAAUGGACCGUGUGGGCUCUGCAUUUGGUGGCGGGCCGGUGCUUCCCCAUUUCCUCAGGGCACUGCCAGGUGUGGAAGUGUUUUGGGAUUCCAUUUUGGCACCGUUAUGGCGCAUAAUCGCGCAGGCGGUUUUUAUUUGUGCCAUCGUGGCAGUCACAGGAGGGACAGUUAUGCUUAUGCUUGUUACACCAAAAUCGUACGUAUACGAACGGUAA